CACAUGACUGUCAUGUGAUCUCACAAAAAAAUAGAAGAAUGGCAUCUUCAGUGAAAUUAGCUCCACUUCCUCAAAUAGAAAAACUGUCAGAACGUGUAGUCAGAAUAUUAGGAUGCAAUGCAAGACCAAUGACUUUACAAGGCACAAAUUCCUACUUGAUUGGUAAAGGUGACAGGAGAAUAUUGUUGGAUACCACAGACCCAGGAACACCUGAUUACAUCAAGAAUUUACAGAAUGCCUUAUCACAACACAAAUGUGGCAUACAGGAAAUAAUUAUAACUCAUUGGCAUGCAGACCAUUGUGGAAGUGUUCCUGAUGUGUGUAACCAAGUCACAAAAUCUCAGGAGACCAUUGUAUCAAAAUUCCAAAGAUUAUCUCAACAGGACUUAGACAUCUCUCCAGCCAAAUAUACAUUUGUGGAAAACAACACAGUGUUUAAAACAGAGGGGGCUACAUUAAGAGCUAUACAUACCCCCGGUCAUACUGAAGAACACAUGGCGCUGUACCUUGAGGAAGAGAAUGCUGUGUUUUCUGGUGAUACAGUUCUAGGGGAGACAACUGCAGUAUUUGAAGAUCUACAGACCUACAUGGGAUCUCUAUCGAAAAUACUUGAACUGAACCCAUCAGUAAUCUACCCUUCUCAUGGUUCAGUGAUCAACGAUCCUACUGACAAAUUAAAAGAAUACAUUGCUCACAGGAUGAACAGAGAACAACAGAUUUUACAUUGUCUGAAAGAACUAAAUCAACCAAUGACAGCUGAGGAGUUAGUAGAGAAAAUAUACACGGAUUUAAAUCCAAUGUUAAAAAUGGCAGCAGCCAACAAUGUUGUUCAUCAUCUGGAAAAGUUGGUUAAAGAUGGAUUUGCAGAUAAAAUUGAAGAAGAAGAUACCAGAUGGCUUCUGAAGAAAACAGGGAACUUAUAAAAUUAAUCUGGUACUCUAAAAAAAAAAAGCAGGGAACCUGUAAAAUUGAUCUGGUACAUCCUGAUUGAUGUUUUGGUGCCAUUUUUGUGACUUUAAAUGAAUUGAAAAAUAUACCAAAGUAUUUGUGAACUUAUAUGAUAGAUAUUUUGAGUGAUGAAUUGAAAUUCAGUUGUUGACAUGUUAUAGUUGUAUUCUGAGCACUCAUCUGUAGAACAGAAAGGAGUGACCUGUAUUUUGAUAUUAAAAUUACAGAGCUGGUUAAUGUGAAUUCAUUUUUUUUUGGAGGGGGUGUACCAAUUUUUAGUGGAUUAUUAAAAAAUGUAUUUUUUGUAUUUUUGUUUCAGUGGUUAAACAAGAGUCUUUACCAUACAACAAAAAUGAAAAAUGUGUACUUCUUUGAAGAUAAAAAUUUGUGGUAUCAUCUAUACCCAGGGUUAACUUUGUAAAUUAGUAUUCAAUGAAUAAUUCUGAAUCCACAGUACAUGGUUAAUGAUAUGUUACAUCGGCCAGUGGCAAAAUUUGUCAUUAAUUUCUGCUAUCUAUUUUAAGAUGCAUUUGAAAUUAUAGGUUAAAAUUAAGAUUUUUCUGUGUAUGGUUGAAUUAAGGUUAUAAUCUCAGUUUUUUUUUUAUGGAUAAGGGUAUGCUUGAUUUUUGGACAAAAUCAUUAUAAGAUUAAAGUCUGUGAUUCAAAUUUUUAUAUAUUUGUAUAUGAUUUUUAAUUCAUAUGCAGUUUUAAAUAU